AAAUUAUGUGAAGACAAGGACUUGAUUUUUUAAUGUCAUCCUAUAAGGAAUCAAUGGCCUUAAUGUUGUCUGCACAUUCUUGCUUCAGAGACUGAUGUACCAAUUUUGUCAGUUCGGACUCCAUCUCCAGUUGAAGCUUUUCACAGAAAAUCGCAUUGGAUGUUCUGAGUCAGGUAACAACAUCCUUUGGUUGCUAGUUAGAACACAGACUUGCAAAAAAGAAAGACAAUGGUUGUUUUAAGACUAUAAGCAACAUAAAGAGUUAUUGAGAAAAAUCAAGUACUAUGUAUUAGCAUAUGUUUAAAUAUAGCUCUUACUGCAAACCAGAUGCUAAUAGUUUUAUUUAUUAAUGUGUCAAAUAUUAUAUAUCAAAAAUAACUUCUACAACAGUAGACAAUACUGCAACAGCUGCAGUUAAUAAUAUUUUUAUGCAAAGUGUGCUUGUCUGCUAUAAAGUAUCAUCACAACUUGAAAUUUUAUAAAUAUGAAUUCUUACAAAUCAAGCGAAUCUGAAUCAGGUUCUGAAUCUGAAACUAAAGGACCAGAGGUAACAGAACCUGACAUUAAGACUGUUUCAGAGAAAAUGGAAAGUUCUACCAGAAGAAGACUGGCUGCUAAUGCAAGAGAAAGAAGAAGAAUGCAAGGACUAAACACAGCCUUUGACCGCCUGCGGAAGGUAGUACCUCAGUGGGGGCAGGACAAAAAACUGUCAAAAUAUGAGACUUUGCAAAUGGCAUUGAGCUAUAUUAUAGCCCUUAACAGGAUCCUGUCGGAGGCUGAGCGAUACUGCACAGAGAGAGACUGGAUUAACCUACACCACGAUCAUUUCCAUCAAGAGAACUAUCACCCCUACCUGGGGGCAAGGUCCCCAGCUAAUGCUGACAACUACACACAGAACAUUUUCAGCUGUCAGCAUGAAAACUUUCAGUUUGUUAAUUAG